GAGCGUCGCCGUCGUUCGCUCGACUCGGUCGUCGAGAUUUUCGCAGCGCGAACGACAACCUCGUCGUCGAGAAGGGGGCCGCGUGGACCCGGGGACCCCUUGUGACGUUCGCGUUCACCGCACGUUUAAUACAUAUAUAUACAAACGCGUCUCGUUCCCCGGCGACGAGGACGAGCGUGAGGACACGGCACCCGGACGACAAGGGAGGACAGACACCGCGCACAACACGGGGAGUGAAAUGUCACGCGAUUGACAGAAUCCUUCGCCAUAGAGCGGAGCCCCUGCCGGCUUCUCGGACCGGCCGCGAGAUGGCGCUUCGGUGGCGCGCGCCCGAAAAAUGGCCGAUGUACGGAGAUGUAGCGGUGCGCGUCGAGUUUACAUCAGACUGAAAACACCGCGGCGGCAUCCGGUGCGUAGUAGUUCACGAUGCGGCGGUGCGCGGGAAUCCUGAGGUGUUCGAGUGCGUGAUCAUCAUCCGGACUAGGACGACGCGACGCGACCGGGUCAACGAUGGCUUCCACGCCGAAGACGGAGAAACAGACAGAAGUCGAGGAGCGCUCCAGCGGGAAGGCGCGCGGCGGCAAACUAGCGCGUCGUGCGCGCUCCUUCAAGGAGGACUUUCUGGAGAAGCUCUCCCACAUGCGUUCCCCGGGAAGCGGAAGUGGCGGUGGGGGUGGCGGGGGCGGCGGAGGCAGUGGAACGGGCACGAGGGCCGCCUCGCCCUCGUCACCGCGAACGCCGAGGGACAAGAACGCACCGGGUUGCAACGAUUCCGGGAAUACUCUGGACAAGAAUCCCCUACGUGAUCUGCAUAUCCAGGUGCGUCAGGUCCAGCUGGCGCUGCUCCACUUCCGGGACGUCGUGUCCAAGAAGAAGCUCGAGAUGCUGCCCGGGAACGGCACCAUCGUCCUCGAUACCGUCACCACGAUACACAACGCGUUGAAGUCCUACCUGCUCUACGACAACAGCUCCACAUUGGGAUCCGCCACGAAUCAGGUGUACCAAGCGUUAGCACAAUUGCUGAAACUCUGCGACGAUGUAUUGCUGCACGGUGAUCAAUCCUCCGCCCUGGACACCGAGAACGUGACGCACGUGAUCGGCCUGGUCGAGGAGGCGGUGAAGAAUCUAGUGGCCCUUGCGCAUGAGAAGAUCGCCAACAAGCAGAAACCCGCGUCUGUUGCGAAUAAUAAUAGAACCUCCGGAUAUGGGUCGGAACUGACGCAGAGGAACUCCCUGCCAGAUAUACCUUUGACACCGAGGGAACGGCAGAUCCUGGAGCAAACUGCUGCUAGCAGUAGCUUGGUUCGCAGCUCGCACAGUUCGGAAUCGAUCUUACGGGAUUCUAGUCCACCCCCGAAACCUCCGCUGCCCGACAGAACAAAUGUAUGUUUGUCGGAGGAAAACAGCUCUUCCGGUACACCACCUCCGUUGCCGCCAAAAAGAAGAACGAGGACCCAACAGCUCCUGGACGAGUCGGAGGGUCUUCUGGCAUCUAGUCUUGAUAGGGUGUCCCUGCGAAGCCGAUCCCCUGAGGAUUCGUCGUCUCUUCUCAGCGCGUCAGCCGGCAGUUUGGAUUCGGCUCUGAAUCAUUCCCGAGACGAGGACGAGAUUCGAGCCAUAAUGGGACCAAAUGACGAGUCCUUGAAUGAUAGUAUGGACCUAAGUCUCAUGGCUACUAUUCAAGGCAUGCAAGUGAAUGGUACAUCAAACUGUAAUUGCUGGGAUGGUUCUGAAACUAGCAUACCAAGUACUAUGUUGCUAGGUCAACAAACACCUCAGGAAAUGCUUAAUCCAUUCACGGGUAUAGAGGGAAAGAUGGAACGAUUGUCUACGCAAACGCAGGAAUCGGGCUUCGUUUCCAUGCACUCUCAACGAAGCUCAUCCCAAAGUUACACCACCGCGUCCAAGAGAUCGUCGCAACAGAGCAGCAUUAGUUAUAAUUCUCAAUCAUUUAGCGCACAGCAGCAACAGUCGUUCUCCCAGACCAAAUUAUCCUCCGACAGUAACGGCUCUAUUUUUACACAGAAGACGAUGACCAGCUCUAAAAGUACUGUCAGUACGACCAACGUAUCUGGAAACGGGGACCCAGCUUUAUUAGAGAAAUUGGUAAAUGAAAUGGAAUCGACAGUUACGUCUGAUUCUAAUGGAGCGCCUCCAGCACUGCCGGAGAAGCGAUCCAAACGAAGAAAGGAACGGCAGCCGUCGCAAUACGACAAUGUACCGGAGAACGAACAUUUAUCCACGUGCAGUCUGCACACCAGUAACGGGGACAGUCCGGACGCCAACAAACCACCUCCUCUGCCACUAAAGAAGCGGCAUAUGUUCCAAUCAGUGGCAUAUUCCGUUAUGGCUUACAUGGAGAUGUUUGGAAACUGCUCCCACAGUAAUAACGACUUCAUCUCGGGUCUCGGAACUCGUCACUCUGUAGCAGCUUACAAUUCAAUGCAAGCAGAGUGGCAACAGCACGAGAUGUCCCUCACCACAACUCAAUCGUGUUCCUUUGUGACGCAUACUGUGACUGCUCUACACGAUAGCUCAAGCCUUUCUGUGACCACCACACCGAGCUCGAUAGAGGCAACAAAUAAUUCUAGUCUGCCCCCGGCGUUACCACCAAAGAGAUCUCGUUCCAUUAAAUCAAGCGCUACACCUCCGCCGAUAUCGCCAAAACCCACAAUAAGUAUGCAAAAUAUUCACAACGCGGAUCCUCUUGUGACAUCGACGCCUCUCAAGAGUUCGGAGGAGUUGACGUAUGAAAAGAAAGAUGUUACACCUUCGACUCCGGUGAAAUUGAACAACAACGUUAUCAUGGAUACAGUAUUACCAUCGUCCAGACCUGCUAGCAAUGCUCUUUCUUCCAUAUCAGUCGAUGAAAAUACCCUCGAGCUGAGGGAUAUCGAUCAAGAUGAUAGUAUUUUAGAUGAAUUAGAUAUUAACAAAUAUUUGGUAUUAAAGAAACCCGACGAAGAAGGUCCGGAUAUACGUGGCGGACACCCAGAUGCUUUAUUAAUUCACGCCACGAAAGCGAAUAAACACGAUGAAAAAGAAUCAGACUUCCUGUACCAAGAAGCGUUUCUAACGACGUACAGAACCUUCAUGCAGCCAUUGGAAUUAAUUAGAAAACUACAUAGACGCCAUCAACGUUUCUCGUGUUCCCCAGAUGUCGUGAAACAAAGAGCCGCGCGUGAAGCGUUCUCCUUAUUAGUCAGAGUCGUUAGCGAUUUAACGAUAUCUGAUCUCGACGACGUUCUUCUGCAAACUCUGAUGGAAUUCGUGCAGCAGUUAGUGUGCAGCGGAGAUCUCACGAUGGCCAAAGCGUUGCGGGUCAAGAUCUUAGAGAAGCACACUAUCAAGCAGUUACAAGCUACGCAGCCGAUUCUCUCGUCUCUAAGCGUAACAACGAAACAGGCUUCUCUGUUGGACUUUAAGAGCGAGCAGAUCGCCGAACAGAUGACGCUGCUCGACGCCGACUUGUUUAUGAAGAUAGAAAUCCCGGAGGUGCUGAUCUGGGCGCAGGAGCAGAACGAGGAGAGAAGUCCGAAUCUCACAAGAUUUACCGAACACUUCAACAAAAUGUCGUAUUGGGCGCGAUCACGGAUAUUGGAGCACCGACUGGAGAACGAGGCAAAGGAUAGGGAGAAAUACGUCGUCAAAUUCAUCAAAAUCAUGAAGCAUCUUAGGAAAAUUAAUAACUUCAAUAGCUAUCUCGCGUUACUAUCCGCGCUGGACAGUGCGCCUAUCAGGAGACUCGAGUGGCAGAAGCACAUUACGGAAGGUCUUAAGGAAUAUUGCGCUCUCAUCGACAGCUCCAGCAGCUUCCGAGCCUAUAGACAGGCUCUGGCAGAAACGCAGCCGCCAUGUAUUCCUUAUAUCGGACUUGUUUUACAAGAUCUUACGUUUGUGCAUAUCGGAAAUAACGAUUUAUUACCAGAUGGCACUAUAAAUUUCUCGAAAAGAUGGCAACAAUUUAAUAUUGUUGAAAAUAUGAAGAGAUUUAAGAAAGGCACGUAUUCUUUCAAGAAGCAUGAGCGUAUUAUAACGUUUUUCAACAACUUUAGCGAUUUCCUCUGUGAGGAGGCGAUGUGGCAGAUUUCUGAAAGCAUCAAGCCACGUGGUGGCAAGAAAGCACAGCCGCAAAACUAGAAUAUAUCUAACCCUUUCACUGCCUGCGUCUCGAAAUCGGAAGGCUGAAACGUGAGUGAAUUAAAAGAUUUAUAUUUACUGUGUAGGUAUGUAUAUUUUUUUUUUGCGGAAACAAAACCUUUUCCCUACUACUACUAAUGCUCUAACUAAGAGCAGUGAAAGGGUUAGCGAGUCUAUCCCGUUUCGACGCAGCCUCUGUGAGGUUGUAUCUUAAUAUAUUAUUAAAUCUUGUAUGAAGAUUUUAGUAUGAAAACACAUGUGCAAGCUCCGUAUUUAGCAGAUUCGAUAUAACAAUACGUAACGCGCUGUUUAAACUUAAAUUUGCGUUUGUAAUCAGUUCGGAGAAUCGAAAUGCCAAAACUCUUGGAGAAAAUUUGGAGAAAAAUGUCAAGUGAACCAAUAUCUAUCCUAAAAUGCAUUUUUAUUGUAGUCUUUUCGUUUUGCUACAAUACAGUUGACAAGUAUUCGCUGUACGGAGGAGAUAUGCAACUUAUACUUAACUACAACUAUAUGUAACGAUGUUUAUUGUAACAUUAAUUAAUGAGAGAAACCCCGAUCUUCAGCUCCGUUCUAGAUACCUAAUUUAAGGAGAAAUUUAUUUAUUUGCCUUUUUGCUAGAAAAUUGUACAUAUAUAUAUAUAUAUAUUAAUAGUGAAGUAUAUAGUGUAUACGUGUGUA